UUCUGGACGCCACACGACGUGGUUUGGCGUCGCGUUGUUUCUUCUUCUUUCGCGCUCUCUCUCUCCCCCGUCUCGAGUUCGUUUGUUCAGUUUCCGUUUUUUUUUCGUUACGGUACAACUUACAACACACCCCCGGUACUAUCGAAGACGCAGGACGUCUCUCGAGUUCUCCGGGAAUUUCCCGCGCUUUACCGGGAGUUUUUUAAAAGUUGUUCAAAGUUUUGAGCCGAACGAGACCUGGUCAAAUCCAAGCAGCGAAAAGUUCGCCGUGCUAGUGGGCAACAAUUAAAUUAGCUUUACCCAGUUUUUGAGUGGACGAGUGCUCCAGUGAUCGGUGUUCCGCAGAAGAAACAGUUUUGAAUGUCGUCAGCAGCAGCAGGGCUGGUCCCACCACGGCGACAACGAGAUCGAUGUCGUUGAGAUCGCGAGGAAAAGGAAUCGCAUUCACCGGCUGGCAUCGCUAAUGGACGGGUGUCGUCCGAUGGUACCGCGGACCGUACCUCCAUUCGAGCACUGGCUGUGGGUCCCACCGAUCAAGUCGAGGCCAGCAGCUUUCCAUUCGAACCGAUGCAACCGAUGAGCAGUGAAGUGACUUCCGUUUAGAAACGACGUUAAGAAAUUUUCAACUUUAAUUAAAACAAAUCCAACCAUUCCAAUGUGUUAAGUGCGUAUAUUGCGUGUGUGAAGAAGUUUGCGCGGAAAAUUUUGGAAACGAUAUUUUUGUCUAUAGCUCUCUAAGUGCCACGUGUUCAGAGGAAACAAAAUGAAGCGGAAAAAAGUGCACUCCGUGGUUCUAGGUGCAGCUCGUAACGAGUAAUGACCGUUGGAAGGUCGCAGCAAUUGAAGAUAUACAGAGUUCGCCAAAUGUCGGUACUGCACGUGCUGGAUAGUGCAGAUUAGUGGUGCGGAAUACCACAUUGGAAGAGUAAGAGUGUCUUUGCAAGUGUCCUUAGUGUACGUCGGAAAGGAUCCAAGCUGUUUGACAGCCAUCAGAGAAAAGGAGUUCAACCCAAAGAGAAGCAAAGAGUAUACAUUGGAGGUGUUUUGAAGUGCAAUACACGCGACGAAGCAGUAAAUUGGGGCCAAAUAUCACCUUCACCUUUAGUUUUGUAGUGUCUAAGUCAACGUGCAACCAGCCUAAUCUACCGAUAGAGUGCUACAACGAAGCAAUAGUGUGAUAAAAGGAAAAAUAAAAGGAAGAAUUGAAGCAAAGUCACAUCAACGAAAAUAUAAUUAUCCAUCGAUUGUGUCGCAUCAUCGUCAUCAUCGUCCGCGGAUCCAAAGGAUCCACCGUUGCUGAACAAAAGUGCUAAAAAUAGGACCUCAAGCCCACCCACCGGAAAUCAAACUCCCGUCCCAUGGCCAAUAUGGGCAAAAAUAACAAAACGGCAGCGGACAAGCAACAAAAUGAACGUAGAAUACGAGCCAACGAUAGAGAAUACAACACACAGUUUAAAUAUGCGAACAACUACAUCAAAACGUCCAAAUAUAGCAUUUUAACGUUUCUGCCUUUGAACCUGCUCGAGCAGUUCCAACGUCUUGCCAACUUUUAUUUUUUAUGCCUGCUAAUACUGCAGCUGAUCCCGGCCAUCUCCUCGCUGACCCCGGUCACGACCGCCAUCCCGCUGAUCGGGGUACUGAUGCUGACGGCCAUCAAGGACGCGUACGAUGACUUUCAACGGCACAUGUCCGACUCGCAGGUCAACAACCGGGGGUCGAAAACGCUCCGCCACGGGAAGCUCGUGGACGAGCGGUGGUCCGGCGUCCAGGUCGGAGACAUCAUCCGGAUGGACAACGAUCAGUUCGUGGCGGCGGACAUUCUGCUGCUCUCGUCGAGCGAACCCAACGGGCUGUGCUUCAUCGAGACGGCCGAGCUGGACGGCGAAACGAAUCUCAAGUGCAAACAGUGCCUCGUCGAGACGGCCGUCAUGGGCGACCAGGAAGACCUGCUGUGGAAGUUCAACGGCGAGAUUGUGUGCGAACCGCCCAACAAUCUGCUCAACAAGUUCGAGGGCACGCUGGCGUGGAAGAACCAGCGAUACCCGCUGGACAACGACAAGAUCCUGCUGCGGGGUUGCAUCAUCCGGAACACCCAGUGGUGCUACGGCGUCGUCAUCUUCGCCGGCAAGGACACCAAACUGAUGCAGAACUCGGGCAAAACCAAGUUCAAGCGGACGACCAUUGAUAGGCUAUUAAAUUUUAUAAUUAUAGGGAUAGUAUUUUUUCUGUUGUCCAUUUGCGGAUUCUGCACGAUAGCGUCCGCCAUUUGGGAGGCGAUUGUAGGCUAUAAAUUUCAAAUUUAUCUGCCAUGGGAAAACAUAAUUCCAAAGGAUUAUCUACAGGGUGCAACCAUCAUCGGAUGUCUAGUCUUUUUUUCCUACGCAAUAGUUCUUAAUACAGUGGUGCCAAUUUCUUUGUAUGUUUCGGUAGAGGUGAUACGCUUCGCGCAAUCGUUCCUGAUCAACUGGGACGAGAAGAUGUACUACGAGAAGACGAAAACGCACGCCAAGGCGCGCACGACGACGCUGAACGAGGAGCUCGGCCAGAUUCAGUACAUCUUCUCGGACAAGACGGGCACGCUCACGCAGAACAUCAUGACGUUCAACAAGUGUAGUAUCGCGGGCCGAGCCUACGGGGACGUCAUCGAUCUGAGGACGGGCGAGGCCGUCGAGCUGUCCGAGCCUACUACAUACGAUCAAAAAAACACAUCGCUUUUAAUAAACGCCGAAGAGCCGUCCGGUCGCAGCACGCCCCAGUCGGGCUCGGCCCCCGCCGUGUCCUACGCGACCAAUACCGGCGCCUCCGCUGGCAGUAACACAACGCUCAAAGCCGCCUCAUCCACCAGCUACGACUAUCAGCUCCAAUUGCCACAGCAAACACAUCAGCCCUACCAGCCGCAGCCGCAUCUGCCACAACAAUCCGUCAGUUCUACUUUUAACAAUAGUCACCUCAGUAGUAGCAGUAGUGUCACACUAGCCGCCGCCGCUGCCGCCGCCACCACCACCACCAACACUACCAAAAAACAUCACCCGUCACUACACGUUAGAUUCAGCCCGCACGACAAUAGUCACGAAACGCGAACUGUUACGACGGCCAUGUCCAGAAGCCCGAGCGUAACCCCCACCACCACAACCACAAGUCACUACUUUACCACCACAGCCAACAACAGCUGUAAAGGCAAUUACAACAGCAACAACAACAAAAACAACCCGAAAGAUAGUACUACCCUAUUGUUACUAGAUAACACUACAACGACGUCCACAACGACGACCCUCUCGACGACCACUGAGCCACCUAGCGGGAGUAAUGCGCAAGGAGUGCAUGUCACCGAACCGGUGGACUUCUCGUUCAACCCGGAGUACGAGCCAGAGUUCCGGUGGUACGACCAGGGCCUGCUGGACGCGGUCCGGUCCGACGAGGAACACGCCCACAGCUUUUUUCGUUUGCUCGCGCUGUGCCACACGGUGAUGCCGGAGGAGAAGAACGGCAGAUUAGAGUAUCAAGCACAAAGUCCUGACGAGGCUGCCCUCGUUUCGGCGGCCAGAAAUUUUGGGUUCGUUUUUAAAUCCAGAGCACCUAAUAGUAUAACAAUCGAUGUGAUGGGAAGGACGGAGGAGUACGAGUUGUUAAGUAUUUUAGAUUUUAAUAAUGUUAGAAAGCGAAUGUCGGUGAUACUGCGGCGCAACAAUUCCAUAUUACUGUACUGCAAGGGUGCCGACAAUGUGAUAUACGAUAGGUUAGGAACUAAUCAGCAGGACCUGAAAACGAGAACGCAGGAGCACUUAAACAAAUUUGCCGGCGAGGGCCUCCGGACGCUGGUGCUGGCCGAGCGCCGACUGACGAAGGAUUUUUUCGACUCGUGGCUGCUGCGGCAACGGGAGGCGGCCCUCUCGAUAGACGGCACGCGCGAGGACAAGCUCGGUGCCAUCUACGACGAGAUCGAGUGCGACAUGCAACUGAUCGGGGUGACGGCCAUCGAGGACAAGCUGCAGGACGGCGUGCCUCAGACGAUCGCCAACCUGCAGAUGGCCGGCAUCAAGGUGUGGGUGCUGACGGGGGACAAACAGGAAACGGCCAUCAACAUCGGCUACUCGUGUCAGCUUCUGACGGACGACAUGGUGGACGUGUUUGUCAUCGAUGGGCUUACCAAGUCCGAGGUCGAGCAGCAGCUGAGGAAGUACAUGGAGUCGCUGCGGAUCGUCAACACGUAUCAUCCGACGACGCUGCCCAAGGGGUCGACCCUGAACCAGUCGGGCGGACUGGGGGCGACGGCCAACGGAGGUGCGGCCAACAGUGGCAACAGUUCCGGGCCGAUGAUCGAGAUCCAGAACUCGUCGCCACCGUCGGUGUCGGUGGUGACCUUUAGGUGGGAUAAUAGACAUAAAUAUACAAGUAUAGGAGGAAGCGAGGAGGUGUCGGAAAGCAACUACUCGGACGGACCCACCACCACGGGCAAGGCGGACUCUUCGAUGACGGACCUGGCCGGCGGGGGGGACGCCGACGGAGCCGGAGUCGCGCUUGUCAUCAACGGUCACUCGCUGGUGCACUGCCUGACGGCCGAGCUCGAGUCCAAGUUCCUGGAGAUUGCCUCGCACUGUCGGGCGGUAAUUUGCUGCCGCGUUACGCCCCUCCAGAAGGCGAUGGUCGUCGAGUUGAUCAAACGUUCAAAGAAUGCCGUCACGCUGGCCAUUGGUGAUGGCGCCAACGACGUUUCCAUGAUCAAGGCGGCCCACAUCGGCGUCGGCAUCUCCGGGCAGGAGGGCAUGCAAGCCGUACUGGCCAGCGACUACUCGAUAGCUCAGUUCAAAUUCCUCGAAAGACUGCUACUGGUACACGGACGCUGGUCCUACUAUCGGAUGUGUAAAUUUCUGCGCUAUUUUUUCUACAAAAACUUUGCAUUCACGUUGUGCCAUUUUUGGUAUGCAUUUUUCUGCGGCUUCAGUGCUCAAACCGUGUUCGACCCGAUGUUCAUCUCGGUGUACAACCUGUUCUACACGUCGCUGCCGGUGCUGGCGCUCGGGAUCUUCGAGCAGGACGUCUCGGACAAGAACAGCCUCGACUACCCGAAGCUGUACACGCCCGGAAUCACCAAUGCCUUAUUCAACACGACCGAGUUCAUCCGCAGCGUGCUGCACGGGAUCUUCAGCUCGCUGAUACUGUUCCUGAUACCGUACGGCACCUACAAGGACGGAAUCUCGCCGGAUGGUUACGUACUUAACGAUCACAUGCUGCUGGGUUCGGUGGUAGCCACGAUACUGAUACUGGACAAUACGACCCAGAUCGCCCUGGACACCUCGUACUGGACCGUGUUCAACCACAUCAUGAUCUGGGGCAGCCUGCUGUGGUACUUCUUCCUGGACUACUUCUACAACUACGUGAUCGGCGGCCCGUACGUGGGCUCGCUAACGCAGGCGAUGAAGGAGGCCACCUUCUGGUUCACCACGGUGCUCACGCUGAUCGUGCUGAUGGUGCCGGUGCUGGCGUCCCGAUUCUACUUUGUCGAUGUGUUCCCGGGGCUGUCCGAUAAGAUUCGCGCCCAGCAACGGUUAGCUCAGUUGCGAUCUCGCCAAACCAACGACGUCCUGCGAACUCCGUCCGCCAGACGAGCUCGGAGGUCACUCCGGUCGGGCUAUGCGUUUGCCCAUCAGGAAGGAUUUGGCCGUCUCAUCACGUCCGGCAAGAUCAUGCGCAAGCUUCCGCAGGACUUUGCCUUCCCGCUGGGUUUGGGCAGCAAAAAGCAACAGCAGAAUAACGCCGACGCAGCUGCGUCCAAGAACGCUGCCAGCAACGGCAGUCCCAUCAACAACAACAACAACAACAACGCCACGAACGUCAACAACAACUCAACGACGACGACGAAUGCCGCCACGUUGGCCAACGGAAACCAAAUCACGAACCUGCCCGGGAGCUCCAACAGUGACAACAGCCCGCGAGCGCCCUGCCAGGACCUGGACACGAUCAACCUGUAGAGGGGAGAGGAGGGAAGGGAAGGUCACGACAAACACACUGUUUAGUUUUAGGUUUUGCAUGAACGAAAGAAAGAGAUAGCAUGAGUGAGCGAGAGUAUGCGGAAGGACGAAAGCUAUCUGCUUGACGGUAAGAGUGGUAAAUAUUUUAAGAAAUGAAUCGUGUUUUUGGAUCGCAACUUGAUCGCAACCGUUUUUUUGUGCCGUUUGUUCCAAAUUGUUGAAAUUUUGGGAACCGGUUGAAAUCUUUACAAACUUCCAGUUUUCACCGAAAUUUAUUCUAAAUUCAACAGUCUGGAAAAGUUGGUCGAGUGAAAUGCUAAGAAAUAUGAUUUUAAAUUAUUUUUUUUAGUAUAAAAACUAUUUUGUAUAUUUGCAUUUCCAGAGUUUUUUUUUAAAAGGACCAAUAAACUAUUGUCUUUCAUGUGUUUAUAGGACCUUACCAAAAAAAACUCUAGAUUUAAACUUUAAACGAGCAAAAUCAGCGUUAAUGGCUUUAAUUCAUUUGGAAAGAGACUGGCUUUGAAGACGGUAUCGAAAGAAUGUGUACAAUUUUUUAAAAAGAUGUAGGGGCAGGGGGGCAGAAUGGCCCGCCUAAGUAAAAUGCGCCAAAAACCAUAGAAAAACAUGAAAACUUAUGAAUCCAGUGUAGUAGGCUUAUGCUUUGGGAUGUUCCCUUCAAUGUUGUAUACUUGGUGGAUGAAUUUUUUUAGCUUAAAACAAUUUUUGAGCCACUUUAAAAAAAAGUUUUUUCGACUACUUUUCCAGGGUGCGGGGCAGAAUGGGCCACCUUGCGGGGCAGAAUGGGCCACCUUGCGGGGCAGGAUGGGCCACCUUAGAAAACAAGCCAUUUUGUCUAAUACAACGUUGAAGGGAGAUAAGAAAUGGCUUUAGGGACCUUUCUUACAUAGUUUCCAUGAAGUUAGACCACUUUUAUAAAAAUAGUCACUUACCAAAACAAACAUUUUUGAAAAUAGUGUUAAUAUGUUGAAAAAAGACACUAUUUUUACAAAUAAUCAUCAAAACAACUAAAAAAUCAACUAAUUUUAAUUAAACAUUAUUUGUGAAGCUACCAGGAGUGAAAAAAUCCAUUUAAUCCAAAUUUCAUAACUUUUGAUUGUUUUUAUAAGGCAGGAUAAGGGUGGUCCAUUCUGCCCCCAAGUGGAUUUUAAUUUAACACUUCCACCACCAAGCCUCUAAAUGAUUUUAAGGUUCCGUUGUUGUUGUAUGCCUUGUACCUUGUAUAUUUUUUCGAAAAAUGAAGCUCGUUUAUUUUGAACAAAUUUUGAGUUGUUCCUUGAUUUUUUUUCUAAAGGGAAAAAAAUCCAAAAUGCUUUUUGGUAUUCUGAAUAAAUUAACAAAAAAUCUGUUUUUAUUUCGUUACGCCAAACGAUUAUAGAGUGAAGUAAUUGAGUAAGUUAAAAAAAACUGAAAAACGCAAGCAAGUUAGAAGUUCCUUUUUUUGAAAUAUGGCAUAACUAUGUUCUGCUUAAGGAAAUAAAAAAUCCGUGUUUAAACGUAUAUUGCUAGUAAGGCUUGUGCAAAUUUUAUUUAAAGUAUUUUGUCUCUCAUUCUAAAAAUUUUCACGAACUCAGGGUGGAAAAUAAUUAUUUCUAAAAAUAUAAAUUUUCGAGGAAAAAAAUUAUAAAUUAUUAUUUGUAAUACUUUUAUUGCAAUUACAUAUACAGUCAAGACUCGAUUAUCCGAAGCCUCGAUUAUCCGAGUAUUGGAUUAUCCGAAGGUUUGUAUGGGACAUCGGAUAAUCGAAUCACGAACAAAAAAAAAUCGUUAUUUUUUCUUUUUCUUGUUUUAAACAUUAAAUUCGAGUUCUGCGACCCCAUUAUAGUGAAAUUUGAACAGUUUAUAAUCACUAUUAAAUUAUAAAAUGCAAUUUUUCAAAAUUUCUACCGAGCCGGAUUGGCUGUCAUCUUGAAUUUAAAAAUUUAAAUCACUUUAGCGUAGUUUAGGGGUCAUACUUAAGCUCGACAAUCAAAAAUUAGACUACGAAAAAAAAAUCGAUGUUUAUGAUGAUUAUUCUGCCGUUCUACGCAUAAUUGUCCCAUGUCAGUUUUGGACGAUUUUGACUUUAUGACAUUUUUAAGUUUAGUUUGAUGUGUACUUUAAGAAAAACACAUAAAAUCUGGUACUUUGUUCGCAAACUCAUUAAAAACAACACCAAGUCUGUUUGUCCCAUCGUUAAACUUCUACGCAUAAUUGUCCCACCAAGUAUUUUCUUACACGGAAUCAUUAGUUUUACUAAGCAUUAUGUCUUGUUUACCAGUUGUAUAGCAAGAUAAUCACAAAUAAGGGUGAUAAACUGCUAACUGGGGCGAUUAGGGACACAUAGGGCGAAUAGGAACCCACGGGACAAUUAUGCGUAGAAACACAGAAAUCGAUCGAAAAAUUUCAAUCGCGUUUUUCUCAGUUGCACUUUUUUGAACAUGGGACAAUUAUGUGUAGAACGGCAGCAUUCGAAGUGAAAUUUUUCCGAGGCCUUCGAAUAAUCGAGUCUGGACUGUAUUCAAAUGGGGCCUUCUUAAUUUUUUCAUUUAAGAAACCAGAGAAAAAUACGUGAUAUUUAAAAAAUAAGAAACAUGAACUCUUUAAAACUUUGCGUUGUUUAAACAGUUGCUGCUAUGUUUCUGAUUAUCUGAUCGUUUUAGUAUCUUUGGCGAAAUUGCAUGAUGAGAAUAAUUAUGACAUUUAAAAAAAUAAUGAUUUUCACAAACUUUGAUGUUUUUCAAUUUUAAUAUAUUUAAGUGGACCAAAAGUGCCAAGUUUUGAUGACGGGAAUUUUUUAUUUUUGGCAACAUAUAAUAGAGAUUUUUUAUAAGUUUGGAAAAAAACUCUCGAGAAAAAUAAUAAAAAAAUAUGUUUGGAUGUAAAUUGAAUUUUCAAUCGAAAAGUGUUUCAAAUAAAUUUUGAUAAAGUGCUUCUUUUAUGCGCUUUUUAAAACAUUAGGAUAAUCUAUAAUUAGAUUUGUCUUUAAAAAAAAAAUUAAAAGUAAGAAAAUGUUCUACAAUUUUAGUUUUUUUUUUAAAUGCACAAUGGUCCAGAUCCCAAAAUCAAUUGGUGCUUUUUGUCUUCAGAAGAGUUGUUGCAAAUGAGAAAGGGCAUUUUUUGUCUUGGUUGAAUAUUAGGUGUUUUCACAAUCAGGGUAUAGGAACAGGAACAUUUUUGGUUUUUUUUUCUAUUUUAAAAAUUUAUCGUAGACAUCAACAUUUUACAUAUCUCGCCAACUACGCCUUCUACAGCUAAUGUUAUCGAAACAUCUUAGCAAACCCUCAAAAAUAAGUUUUUUUUUAAUAUAGCGAAGAUCAUGAAUCAUGUAUAUUAGGGGUGCGGUUUUUGUUAUCCAAAUAAUUUUCAAACCAGUUUAAAAAAUAGAAAACAUCGCAGAUUUAUAACUAAAUUCUUCUAGGGUGGUCAGAAAUGAUCAUAUAAACCAAGUCCCAAUAGAGUACGGAUGUUUAAAAUAGUAAAUUAAUGAUAUUCGUAAAAGUAGCACUAUCUGGAUAAUUAUCCCGAUAGUUCUAUCCGUCUUUAUAAAUCACAGAAAAAAAAUCCGGAUAUCCAUGAAACGAGAAAGUUUUGUUCAGUUCAGCAUUGCAAAUUAUUCCUUGCUUUUCUGUUUUUAUUUUUUUUAAAUAACAAUUUCCUGUUGUUAUAAUCAAUCAAAAAAAAAACAUGUAGCUGAGCAAUAUUUGAAUUUCGUAAGGGUGGUCCCAUACACUUUUCCCUUGAAAACUAGAAAUUUUAUAAAAAAUAUAUAUAUAGGGUAGGGUAGUCAUCAAUGAGACACGGGGAACAAUGAUAAAAUGGCUCUCACAAGACGAAGUUUCAACCAAUCAGGCUCAUAUUUGAGGGAAAGGUGUGUCUGCUAGAUACACGUCUACCAUAAUAGUGGCUUUGGUUAUGGAAGCUCCCUUGCAAAGUUAUUCAUGUAUGUUUGAUUCUGGGGUGUAAAAGUUAAUUAUGACUAAAAAUUACAUUUUCGCUCAUAGGCUGCCAUUAACACAAAAACUAAUAUUUCUCCAAAUUUCUUUCGUCAUUUCACAGGGCAUGAGUUGGGCUACAAUGUCCUUUUAUUAGGUUUGACCAAAAUUAAGAAUAUACCCAGAAUCCAGGGCUGUCUCAUUGUUCCCCACUCUUUUCGGCCCAUGGGUAACAAUGAGACACUUUGAUUUUUCUUAAUUAAACUUUUCAAAAUCUAUGGAAAUCUUUCAAAACAUGAAUUGGAAGUUAUUUUUGGCAUAUUUAAUGAGUUUGAACUUCAUUUAACCAAAAAUAUAAAGUUAUUUGGUAAAAUAUAUGGAUUUAACAAAAUUUAAAAACUUUUUAGUAUAACUUUUGUUAAUUGAAGUUUCAUGUUGACAAAAUUGCUAGAAAAUGUUCAAAGCAAAUCACCUGUUAUGAAACAAUAUAAAAACAUGAUGUUUUACUAGAAAAGUAUUGAUUUUUGUAGAGUGUCUCAUUGUUCCCCAGCUGUCUCAUUGUUCCUGCCAAGUGCGUCUACAAUGAGACAGUUGAAUAACUUUGGCUGUAGACGUCAGAUCGAUCUCAUAUUUUGGUCAAUGUUAGAACAAACCAAAAGAAAGAAAAUGCAACAAAAAGCUCUUUAAAACAUGCUUAAAAAUAAUAAUACAAAAAUCGUUGAAGUUUAAAACCAACAGUGUCUCAUUGAUGACUACCCUACCCUACCUCUAGUUUAAAGAAAAAUACUUUUGAGAUUUUUUCAGCGUUUUUAGUGUUUGAUCUCCCUUUUCAACCUGCCAUAUUUGCAAGUAUUUGAAAAAAAAUAAAACUUUUUAUUUUUGUCAAGCUUAUUUUUAUUUUUCUUUUAAAUUAGCUCAAUUAAAAAGUUUAAUUGUUAAUCAUUUAAAUUUUACUCGACCACUCUUCCAGUCUCUAAAAAAAGAAAGUUACAAAAAAUGCCGAAAUUCAUACCCACUGUUGUCAUGUCAUAUCGUUUCAUAAAAAAAAUGCAAAAAAGUUUAUUGCAAAACCCAACAAAGUUCUACUGAUAUAUAGCUGAAAUUUAUAAAAUUAAGGUGUAUCAAAAAAAACAGAAAGAUUUUAACCCAAAAACAAAACUUUUCUUAAAUCAAGCAAAACGCGCCACGCGAAUCCGAUUGGAUUCGUGUAUUUGGAAGCAUACUUUUUGUGUCUUGCGCCAAAAUAAGAAUGACGAAGACGCGCGCAACCGCCCGAGGAGACCAGCAAAAAAGGAUAAUAACCAAAAACCGAUCGUGUAUUAAUUCAACGUUUAUAUAUAAAUAUAAAAACAAAAACUUACAAGAUAACAACUUUUGCCUUCACCGUUCAGAAAACAAGAAGAAAAAAAAAACAAACAGUCUCUCUUAAU